ACCAGUCCUGCCAGGCCGCCAUUUUUGCACAGAGAGAGCAGGCUACAGAGGAUCUGGUUUCCUACAGUCGCUAGGUAGGUAGGGCAGUUUUUAACGGUUCGGAACUGACCCGCGAGUCAACCGUUUGGACCCGCAGUCCCCCCCACGGACCCAGAGGCGUGUGACGGGAGGAGAGCAGCGGGAAGGCGCCCCAGACCCCCGUUAGAUAGCCGGGCUGAGGGUCGCAGUGUGUUGAGCAGCAGUCUUGUUUUGGUUCUGGAGGCUGGGUGGACAGUGACGGGCUUCUCUCCCACGGCCCCCAGUUUUUUUAUUCAACUUUUCUAUAGUGGACAUUAGCGGCCUUGUGGAUGCACUUAGAUGUCUGCAAUGAGUGCUGUGGCUGACAUGCCUCAGUGUUUUGGACUCCCAUGCUCUGGACCCAGCAGUAGAAGAACUGACCAGAGAACGUCAUGAGCAUAGGCAUCCCAGUGGGGGUGGACCAAGCAGACACCGCGUACCUGGACAUGGCUGCAGGCUCGGAACCUGAAUCAGUGGAGGCCAGCCCUGUGGUUGUGGAGAAGUCCAGCUACCCUCACCAGAUCUCCAGUAGCAGCUCCCACCACUCCCACAGCUACAUUGGCCUGCCCUACGCUGACCAUAACUAUGGGGCACGCCCUCCUCCCACGCCCCCCGCCUCCCCGCCCCCCUCCAUGCUGAUCCGGCCCGGCGAGGGGGGGCUGUUUGUGCCGGGGGCCCAGGACGAGGCCUCCCGCGGCACCACGCUCAGCACAUCUGAGGACGGCAGCUACGGAGCCGACAUCACGCGCUGCAUCUGCAGCUUCACUCACGACGACGGCUACAUGAUCUGCUGCGACAAGUGCAGUGCAUGGCAGCACAUCGACUGCAUGGGCAUCGAUAGGCAGAACAUCCCAGAGACGUACCUGUGUGAGCGCUGCCAGCCCCGGCCCCUGGACCGCGAGCGGGCCAUCCUGCUGCAGACCCGCAAGAGGGAGUGCCUGUCUGAUGGGGACACCAGCGCCACGGAGAGCGGCGAUGAGGUGCCGCUGGAGCUCUACUCGGCCUUCCAGCACACGCCCACCUCCAUCACCCUGACGACCGGGCGCCUUGGCAACAAGCAGAUCGACAAGAAGCGCAAGAGGAGCGGUGACAAGGAGCCGCCCGCCGCCUCGGCUCGGGCCAAGAAGGCUUUCCGUGAAGGCUCCAGAAAAUCUUCCAGAGUAAAGGGCGGCACCUCCCCGGAGCUGGAGCUGUCGGAGCCCCCCUCGCUGUGGGAGAACAAGAUCAAGGCCUGGAUGGAGCGCUACGAGGAGGCCAGCAGCAACCAGUACAGCGAGGACGUCCAGGUGCUGCUCAGGGUCAAGGAGCAGGGCGACGGCAAGAGCCUCGCCUACAACACGCACCCGGCCUCCUUCAAGCCCCCUGUGGAGAGCCAGGUGCAGAAGAACAAGAAGAUCCUGAAGGCAGUGAGGGACCUGGCACCGGACUCCCUCAUCAUCGAGUACCGCGGGAGAUUCAUGCUGCGCCAGCAGUUUGAGGCCAAUGGGUACUUCUUCAAGAGGCCGUACCCCUUCGUGUUGUUCUACUCCAAGUUCGACGGGCUGGAGAUGUGCGUCGACGCCCGCAGCUUUGGCAACGAGGCGCGCUUCAUCCGGCGGUCGUGUACCCCCAACGCUGAGGUGCGUCAUGUGAUCGAGGACGGCAUGCUGCACCUGUACAUCUACUCUCUGCGGCCAAUCGGCAAGGGCACCGAGAUCACCAUCGGCUUUGACUUCGACUACAGCAGCUGUAAGUACAAGGUGGACUGUGCGUGUGUGAAGGGGAACCCAGAGUGCCCGGUGCUGAAGCACAAUCUGGAGCCCAUCGAGAACCUGGGCUCAGGGAGCCGGCGGCGGGCCGGGGGCCGCAAGGACAAGGACCCGACGCGGGAGGACCUGGGGCAGAACCAGAACCUGGGGCUGGACGGCGAGGGCAAGGUGAAGGCGCUGGGCUGCGGCGGCGUGGGGGUCAGCGACGGCAGCAAGCAGAGGAAACUCUCGCCGCUCCGCCUCUCCAUAUCCAACAACCAGGACCCUGAGUUAUAUGAGGAUCUAGAAGACAAAACCUCCGUUAGCAAUGAAGUAGAGAUGGAGUCAGAGGAGCAGGUGGCAGAGAGGAGGAGGAAGAUGGCCUGCCCCCUGGAGCAGUCCCACCUGGCCGUCGGGCCCGCCCCCAGCUGGAAGGGAGGGCGACCAAAGGAGACCCGGGAGGAGAGGAAGAUGGAGGCCAUCCUCCAGGCCUUCGCCCGCAUGGAGAAGAGGGAGAAGCGGCGAGAGCAGGCCCUGGAGAGGAUCGGGGGCACCAAGCCGGAGAUGGGGGCUCAUGGCAUCAAGGAGGAGCCCCCCGCCACGCCCGAGACAGCCGACUCCCCGUCCGUCAUGCAGCAGCACGAAAUGGUCUGCUCCCAGCCCUUCCUGGAGAUCAAAGAGGAGCCGGGGCUCCUGAAGCCCGCCAAGGUCAAAGGUCACCGCAACAGGAAGAGCUUCUCGCGCAACCGCACGCACAUCGGCCAGCAGCGGCGGCGAACGCGCACCAUCAGCGCCUGCUCCGACGUGCCGCCCAGCUCCCCCGCCGACGGCCUCGGGGAGCCGCUGGGGGCGGAGCCGCCCGAGGGGGAGGAGCCGCCCCUCUCCCACCUGGAGCCCGAGGCCGACGCCCCCUUCCCCCCGCCGCCCGACACUAGCCCCGCCCACAGCAGCUCCCCCGCCCCCGAACGCCACCGCUCCGCCCACAAGAACUUCAAAACUAAAAAGCAGCACUAUGUGAGCGACUGGGUGGGGGACAAGCAGCCCGAGCGGGGCCUGGCCCGGACCCCCGAGCCGGUCCCCGAGCGGCCCCUCCGCAUCAGCAGCGACCCGGAGGUGCUCGCCACGCAGCUCAACGCCUUACCGGGGAUGGCGUGCUCGCCGCAGGUGUACAGCACGCCCAAACACUACGUCCGCUUCUCCUCGCCCUUCAUGGCCAACCGCAGCCCCGGCACGCCCGGCGUCCCCACCGGCCGCCGGCGCUCGCGAGAGCUGCCCGAGACCCCGCCCACCACCGGCUCCUGCAAGAAGCGCUGGCUGAAGCAGGCUCUAGAGGAGGAGGGCUCCACCAGCCCCAUACGACGCCCCGGCCUGCUGAUGCCCACCGAGGGUCCGCUGAGCCCCCCCAUCAACGGAGACUCUGACAGCCCCCUCCCUUACAACGGCGGCUGCUGCUUACCAGAGCUGCCGACUCCUCUGAAGAAGCGGCGCCUCACCCAGCUGGACUGCUGCCUCUCCGAGAGCUCCACCCCCUACGGCUCCCCCUGCGCCACGCCCACCCGGUUCGACCAAUCAGAACCCUGCCUCACGCCUUCCUUGCUGGCGACCCCGCCGCGACCCCGCACAGAGGAGACCACCGUGGAGAUCCUCCCCAGAACCCCCACACAGGCACUUGUCACCCCGCAGGAGAGCGAGUCUUCGGUAGAGAGCUCGCCGGAGGCCGUUCGCAGACCCAGCACCCAGGAGGCGGAGCGUCCCCCCUCGUUGCUGGCCCCUCCCUGCGUGGCCGCCCCCGUCCCGGACACGCCCCCACCGGAGGACCUGCCCUCGGCCCCUCUGAGCCCCCAGGCCCCGGUCCCGGAGCCUUCGGAGCCAGCGGGCGUCCCGGAGGACCAGUCGGACGGCAGGGCCGCGGCGGAGCCCGCCGCCGUCGCCGCCGUCACCGCCGCCGCCGCCGUCCCACCCCCCACCUCCUCCACCUCCACCUCCUCGUCCUCCGCCUUCCCCGUCUGGCUGAAGAGCCCGGAGAGGGCCCCCGGCGCCGGGCCCCCGGGGCUCACCUUCUCCCCGGUCAACUCCAACCUGCGGGACCUCACCCCCUCCCACACGCUGGAGCCCCUGGUCUCCCCCUUCCGGCCCGAGGCGGGCGUGGCGGCCGGCGCCCCCGUGGUGGUGGUGGUGCCCCCCGUGGUGGGGGUCCCGGCGGUGGCCCCCGCGGCGGUGGCGGUGGUGGUGGUGGGGGCGGUCGCCGUGCCGACGGCCUUCGUCGAGGCCCCCGGUCAGCUGUUCUACCCCGGGCCCGAGGAGCAGAGCGGGCUGGCCUUCUCCCGCUCGCUCAGCGGGGAGGGGGCGCUGGACCCGGCGGGGUCGGCGCUCAACCCACCACAGAAGAAGAAGGUGUCUCUGCUGGAGUACAGGAAGCGGCAGCGCGAGGCGCGGCGUAGCGGCGGCUCCAAGACGGACUGCGGCUCCCCCGUCUCCUCCCUGGCGCCGCUGGGCGUGGCCGACGUGUUCCCCGUCGCCACGGAGACCGCCAGCGAAGCCCCGCCCCCGCCGCCUCCUCCUCCUCAGCCCACGAUUCCCGAGCCUCCCGCGGGGGAGGAGGGGGAGGGCCCGGCGGGGGAGAGGGAGGCGGGGGAGGGCACAUGGAUCUCCUCUACGUCUGUGGAGCAGGCCCGAGAGCGGAGCUACCAGCGCGCCCUGCUGCUGAGCCAGGACAAGGACACCGACGGAGAGGCCGAGGGCGGUGAGGGUCCUACCGUGAGAGACGCUCCUUCCCCCCCCGCUGCGCCCUGCUCCCCCGGUCGCCCCACCAGGGAGGACGAAGGUCUGGAGGGCCCCCCGCUGACCCCCACCAGGCGGGCCUCCUCGCCGGGCCCCUACCCGGGCGCCAAGCCCCCCCCACAGGGCUCGCCCUUCCGCGGCCAAAGGGGGCUCUUCUCCACGCAGCCGCCCCAAGCCCCGCCCCCGCAGACGCUGCCGGGCCCCGCCCCCUUCGCCCACCCCUACUUCGCCGGCCAGCCCUCGGGGCCUGCGGCGGCGCCGGGGCCCUUCCCCGGGUACCCCCCCGGCCCGCAGGCCCCCCUCCUGCAGACUCUGCCCCACGCCCUGCACUACCCCCCCCCCACCCUGCUGCACGUCAACAUGCAGCCCCCCCCCUCCCUGGCGCAGCACCAGCUCAUGCUGACGUCGGCCCCCCCGCCCCCUCCCCCGCCGCAGACCCCCGGGGCCCAGCAGCACCCCCCCACCGCGGGGGGGGGCGCCCUCCUUUCCCUCACCCCUCCCCCGCCGCCCCCUCCUCCCCCCGCCCCCUCGUCCGCCGCCCCCAUGCAGGCUCCGCCUCCGCACCACUUCCACACCCUGGCCGGCUUCCCCGGGGCCCCGCCCCCCCACCAGCAGACAGGACUGCCCCCCCCGCCGCCGCCCCCUCCCCCUCCCCAACAGACUGCGCCGGGCCAGGUCCAGCCCCCCCGCGGGGGCCCCGCCUCCGCCGGACCCUUCCACAGCCCUGGUUACCUGGGCGGCGGCUGGCACUGACCGCCCGGCCCCCCCGGCCCCUAGGACUCUGACAGAGAGGGGCCCCUUUGUGUAACAUAAGCUGUAAGAUAUGUUUUGUACGUGUCAACACAUGGGACGAGGGACCCGGCCCGGGACGUCUAGAGACCUGAGGAGACGGACGGGGACGUCAGACAAGACGUCAGUCAGACAGACGUCAGACAGACAGACGUCAGACAGAUGUCAGUCAGACAGACAGACAGACGUCAGACAGAUGUCAGUCAGACAGGCCGCGCGUCUUUUAAAAGAAUCAAGAAAAAAGAAACCAAGAUGAGCGAGGAGGCAGGACUGGACGGCCUCCUCGCCGCCUCUUCAUUUUUAUAGCCCCCCCCCCUGUGUCUUGUUGGACUCCUGUUGUAAGGCACUUUCUAUUUACCAGUGGACAUUCCAGCCUACCCCCCCCCCCCCCCCUCUAGCUAGUCACCUCUCUUCCGUCUGUCGCCUGCUCCCCACACAGAGUUAUUUUAUUAUUCCUUCACCUGGCUACAGGUCGCUCCGGCACACAUUCAGCCAGCCGCCGAGAGAGAGUGUGUCUUUUCAUCUUUGUGUGUGUGUGCAGGACUUUCUUGUCCUUGUCUUUACGUGUGUGUGUGUGUGUGUGUGUGUGUGUGUGUGUGGAGGGUGUGUGUGGAGAGUGCGUUUCUUGAUGUCUUGUAGUGUGUGUGCGUGUGCAGACGAGUGCUGUACCUCUAAGGUAUCCGGGCGGUCUCACCAUAGCUACGGCGUUUAGCGGUUUAUUUUUCAAUAUGGAGGUUCUUUGUAGAAAGUGUAUUUAAUGUAUAGGUUCUCCCAGGAACACGUGUAUAUAUCUGCUUCCUGUCUUUUCUAUGCUUGUACAUCGCGUUGCCACGCCCCGCCCCCAUUUUUUGAAUAUUGUUGUAAAUACAAAAACGCUCUGUUGGCAAAGCUGAAUGUUUCCGUGACUGUAGCAUUUUAUUUUCUCUUCGACUUUGUCAUUAUUUUGUAUUAUUAUUAUUAUUAUUAUUUUGUGUGUGAGUGUAUGUUUGUGUGGAGGGCAGAGACUCACAGACACUGCACUGGUUGGCUGUUUUCAUUGUCCAUUAUAAUAAAUCACUUUAAUGACAGUUUUCUACCACUCUCUGCUUCGUGUGUCUCUCUCUGACGAGGCGGUUAAUGUGGCCGUAUCCCUGGCGGCCGCUAGGGGGCGCCAAAGGACCGGUAGAAUACAAUACCAGUAGAUAUUAAUAUAAUGUUACCAGUUAUAUAACCCUGAAUUCAACAAACGCGAAUUAACACAGCGAAGAACCAAAGUAAUUUUGUUUCUACACAUGAAACUCAAUAUCACUCAUUACCCAGGCCCUACUCUACCGAACAAAUGUGAUAAACAACAUCAGUGUGUCACUCCACCACGGCUGAGUUGGACGAGCUGUUGGUUUUCAUUUGAGCAGAUAGGAAACAUGUUGAGCCUUUUUCUUUCAGAAAACCUUGGAGUGGAUUUCCCAAGUUUCAUAACUUCUAUCCUGACCCAAACCACCGGCUCGGGACUUUCUUUGCCACACCGGACCUCAGAACCGCCUCUGCGUCAGUAUAUGCUCUUUAGUUGGCAGUACUUGAUCAAGUUACUUCUUACUCACUGCUGUCCUGUCAUAGGUUUACUAUUUGUAUCCCAGAACUAACAAAUCGUAUUUAUAUGAAUGUGAAUAAUGUGUGUGUAAAUGUAUAGAUUUGUAUAUAUUCAAUAUUUAACGACAAUCCAAUUACUUUCUUAGUUUUUAUUCAAGGUUUCCUAAACAUUCAGACUAAUCUAUUAAGGACCAGAAAAUGCUUUUGGAUUUGGCCAGGUGAAUAACAGGGCUUAGGUUUGAUGUGUUCAAUUUCAAAAGUGGUAAGAUAUACGAUUGUACCUAUUUUAUGGAUUUAUAUUUAUUUAUACCAAAUUGUAACUAACCUUUUAAUUCGGUGUCUGCUCAAUUUGUUUGCUUUGAUCUGGUUUAAGUGACCAGUUAUUCAUUUUCUAAAGUAUGUGGAUGAAACACAACUGAUGAACUACUGAGUUUGGAAGUUUGUAUUUUGUGUAAAUCAAGUUUCUAAAGCAAUAACUGAGCUAACGUUGAUUAUAGGGUUAGGGUUAGUCUAAGUCUUAUGAGAACCUGAAUAUAGUUUGACAUAAGGCCAACUACCAUUGUGUCAUAAAACGCACACAGUUUUUAGAAUGAACACAAAAUAUUCACCCCAAAGAAUGGUGUCGGUAAAGACGUAGGAGUUUCAGUUUUUAUUCAAUUUAAUCUUUAAUCAGUAGUUACAAUGUAAAAUGUACACAUGUCAAUAUAUACAGACCCGGCAGUGGAAUCACUGCAUCUCCAGUGUGGACAACAUCUGUAAGCCGAACACACUGCAGUGUCCUCUCUGUCAAGAUUCUCUGUUGACGAGGUCAACUUCCACAGAGUGGACGGCGGAGACGUUAAAACCUGAAUGUCCAUUGAGCUCUGACCUCGUUGACCUCUGACCCCCUGUAGAUCUGGGUCCGUCCUUAGUUCCUAUACAGGGAUUAACUGAGGAUGGAUUCUGUUAUCUCAGGGAAACUAGUUUUCUGCUGAAGAGCCUCUCAAUAAAUCCCUCUUAGAUGAUGCUAUGGCAGUACUGUGACAGACCGUAUCUUGGUGCGUGUUGUUGGUGUGUGAACGUUGUGAAGUCAAGAGGACAUGGGAACUUAUCUAAAUGAAGCUGUAUAGACAAGAUCUACAAUUCAUACCCAUGACAAAUGUUCCGACUUCCAAUAUUCUGGUCCAAUAUCUGCAGCGAUCCUUGAGGACGAUAAGCCAAUCGCUCUGUCCCAGCAGACCAACCUCAUCAGCUUAACUACAUGUUCACGGUGUUUCAGCCAGCAUCUGGAUGCUGUUGGGGUGCAGGUUUCAUGACAGACAGGGGCAGAGAACCAAUCAGGUGUUGUUUAGCCCCCGAAAGAAAAAAUGUUCACAACACAACUUAAGAGACGAAGAUAAGAAACUCUAUCCUGUGUUUCCACACUACGGUUUGAGAAACAUUGUUCUGUUUGUUUCCCCUGUACAGCAUAAAGUUUUAGGUAGCAGCUAGUUGCUUUAUUUCUUUGUGCAUUUUUUGAGCUCCUGAACUGCAGCUUAAAACCAGAGUCAAGGUGAGGCUGGUGAGUGCUAAGACGAAGAAAGAUAUUUAACAAGGUUGGCGGUCCUGAAGUGCUUUCAAUACAUGCUCUUCAAGUCCUGCCGGCGGGUCUCCUCCUGGCUCAACAUGGACUGAGUAGAACGAGGUCGGGUCAGGACCCAAGGUGUCGUCCUGCCAGUGGGGAACACCUGCAGCCAAAACACAGAGACACCGGUGUCAUGGUUACCAGGCAUUCAGAGCUCCCAGCCCUUCCCCUUAAGACUCCUACCCCUCCUUCCCUCCAUCCAAAAGGAAAUAAUAUUCAAAAAAAAAAUCAGUUUGUAUUUAAACACGACUCAUAAAUAAUGU